AUUUCAAAUGAGUAAGUAUAUUUAUUUAUACAACUCACAAUCCUAAUUAAUUAAAUCUUUUAAUCGCUGCGAGCUGAAAAUAUUGAAAAGCAUUGCAUUUAAUAUUUAAUUAUGCUCUACCCAAAUUACAAAUUCUAUUAAUAUGCUGCUUGUUAAAGACAAAUAUUUAUAAUCUUAAUGUUGCCAAUACCUGAAUUAUAUUAAUAAUUAAGAAGUAGAGCCAGAAUUGUAUUUUUAUUUUUACCUGUUAUUAAGUGGAUGAUUGUUAUUAAAUCACUAUCUAAUAAAAUGGAUCUGCUUGUUGUGAUCCCAGAAUAACUAAGAAAGAGUACAUAGUUAAUUCGUAAAUUAUUGGAAAUUCAGAAUUAAUAAAGUAUGUAAAAACCUGAUUAUUAUGCUUGUUUGCAAACAAAAACCAGCGUGUCUAAGUGUUUGAUGAAUUUGGUUUUCCAUCUAUUUGUAAUCUGAUCUGAAGAAUAUAAAUAUUGGUUGAAUUAUUAGAAGUUCCUUAAAAUUGUAUGUAAUUUAUAGUAGUGUAUAUAUUGAAAGUAU